GUUAAGUAUGGCUUAUCAAUUGUUUAUCAACAUUGAAUAGAAGGAAAAAUGUCUGAUGAAGAAAUAUUAUUGAAUUUGUUCACUAGACUAGAUACAAGUGGUGAUGGUGUGCUUUCAUUAGAAGAACUAAGAAAAGGAUUACUAUCAUCAGGAGCUACAGAGAACGUAGUAACAAAAAUGAUAGAAAAGCUCGAUUCAAAUUCUGAUAGUAUUAUUACAUAUCAAGAAUAUAUACAAGCUAUAAACCGUGGAGUUAGAUAAAAUAGAAUCCCUUUCUUAAUACGUAUGUUUGGAAUACAACAACGUAUUGUACUGUACAAGAUAUUUUAUUUAUUAUUUCAAAAUUAUUAAAUUGGUUAUUGAAAUAUACCACUUUUUAUUCAAAUAUAGUAGCUUAGUGUAAAAAUGAAACAAUUUAAUGUAUUUUUUUAUAUGCUUGAAUAAUAUAAAUAAAUUGAUUUUGUAUUAAGUAGAUUCAUA